AUGACUGACAUUGAUAACUUUUUUCUUCACAAUCGCAAAGAAAAUCACGGUAAAUUGUAUUUUAAGGUAUGGCUCCCACAAGUUUUUUUUCCAACUGUGGAGCUAUUGAAAAAAAGCGUCCUUGAUACCGCUGUAAAACGAUACAACAAUGAGCUCAAUACAGCCAUAACAAUAUGUGAGAAUAAAGGGUGGAAAUCGGUUGUAAAAAAAUUGGAACAGAUUUCUAAUUAUUUUUCGUUGAUGACCAGGGAAAAGCGCCAAGAAAUUUUCAGUGAAGCAUAUCAAGUAGAAAAAAAACGACGUGAGGAACACGAAAAACAACAGAACCAAGAGAUAAUUCGGAAUAAUAUUGCUGAAAUAGUUGAUAAAUGUAUUAAUGCGGUGAAUAUUGGUCGUUCUUUUGAAAUCGAAGAGGUGAUAAUUGAAGUCCGCGAAUGUUUGGAACAACUGGAUUUAUCUUCUAUUGAUUCUAGUGACCCAAUAGCGUCCGGAAUUUUGGAUAUCGCAGAAGGAGUGGAUGGGGUAGCCGAUAAGUUAACUGUUGGGGCAAAGGAAAUUCUUAAUGAAGUCGAAUUAAGUGAACCGGGGUUUUCAGAGAAAACGGAUGUCAUGUUGGAUGAAUUUAUUAAUGGUUACAGCUUAUUAGGUCCAGAUUUUGAUCCUGCCCUUGCUAACCCAAUUUCUUUUCCUCGAGAUGAAAAUAACUUAGGUGUCCGUAGAAUAUUACUAACAACUUUCGAUUUGUUAGAAGGAUUGGAAAAAGUAGCCGAUUCAUCACAAACGCGAAAGGAAAUGAUGCAUUCUGUCCAAUCUGGGGAUAGGCCGGACUUACAGGAUGGGAUUGAUAUAAGAUUCGGAAAACUGUUCAAGGGAAAAGAUAUUGAAUGUGCUGACGCGAAAAUCCUAAUUGACGAGCUCCUCCAAUUACCCUUUAUUGGAAUUCAAGUGAUAAGUAAUCGUGUUAUAGUUUUCGGGAUUGAUUUUUAUAAUAAUUCUUUUUAUCGUUCUUUUAAAAUACGCGAAUAUACAAUUCCCUUAAGAGUUUCAGAUCGUUGCGUCGUUAAAAAAUUUUUAAAAAAUUCAUUAAUAGUGAAAUGUUACUUAGAAAAAAUAGCCAAUAAUUUUGUUCAGAUUAAAGAUAGAAUCAAUCUUUUGCCUAAUUUAUCCAUAGUCGAAAACACAACUAUCAGUUCUAGCAUGUCAAUUUCGACAACAUUUUAA